AUGGAAAAGGCCAGCCGCGGAGCCAGUCUGCAGGUAGAGUCGCUGCGGGAGCAGUUGCACGUGGUCACCCAGCAGAAGGAGGAAGCUGCGCUCCGGCUUGCCGCCUCCCAGGAAGAGGGAAGGCACUAUGAUCGACCACUAGCGAACCUCAAGCUGGAACUGGCCGAAUGGAUGGAAAAGGCAGACGCCCUAGAAGGAAAACUGAAGUCCUUACAAGGACAAUGGCAUCAAACAAAUGUCGACUUGGAGGUGAAGGAGGACCAACUCCAAGAGUUCAAGAAACAGAAUGAGGUGCAGUGGGAAAUACUGGAGGACACACAGAAGAAACUGUUGACCUUAGUAAGUCAGUCUGAAGGAAUGGUGGACAAAACCCUCCUAAGGAGGCUCUUCGUGGGAUCUUUGCAGGCAGCUGAUGCACAACGGCAGGAAGCGUUGAGGCUGAUGGCAAGCGCGCUGGGGAUCUGAGAAGACCAGCUGCGACAACUGUGCAGCCAAGAGCCCGCGGGUGUGCCCAGCGGGGUGACUGGGGGGCCUUGGUCCAGAAGCGCCCAAAACGCACCUGCGAAGCCAAAUCACCAAGCUGUGGCCAGUCAUUCUUUUUCAGGACUUUUCGUCCAGUUUCUAGAAGCGGAAUCUCAUUCAGCUUUUCCACCGCCAAACCCAUCUGCUCGUGACAUGAAACCCCCAGAUUCAGGAGGAAGGGGAAAGCUGCCUAAGAAACAAGGCCCACCACGACUGAAUGCUACCCUGGGAUCCACACGCAGAAAAAAUGAUGUCAAACCCCGCACCACAGCUGUGUCUCUUAUUAACCCACCUGGACUAGAAAUGGAUGGAUCGGAGCACAUUCUUCUAAAUGUUAUCUCUCAUACUUUACCCAGGUACAUGCCCUAUAUACUGUCACCUGCCAAGAAGGUUGGAAUGGCGGCCAAAGACCUCUCAGAGAAAUAG